AUGUUCUCCAACUUCACCAACAUCGUGCAAAAGGCCCAGCAACUCAUUGACCCGACCCAAGGCCUCAACCUCUCGAGCUCCGAUCGGAAUCCCUCCAAGGCAUCCCUGUUUCAGAGCCAGUUUCGCUUGCCCUCGUCACAAAAUCCCCUGUACGAGAUCAAUGCUGAGCUUACCAUUCCACCCUCCAAUGCUACCCAGGGCGAUAGAGACCACGAUCGAGGAUGGCACUACGCCGGGAAGCUGCAUUUGUCCGAGUCGUACAUGUGCUUUUCCACCACGCCCACGAGCUUCUUACAGACUUCCAGCACCUCGACCUCUCUGGCAUUUACAGGCCCGACCCAUGGCGCCGGGCCAAGCGGGAAUGGUUUCACCUUUCCUCUGUGCGCGAUCAGAAGAGUUGAGAGGCUAAAUAGCCAGAGUUUCCAGUUCGCACUAGCCAUCACGACGUGGAACGGGCUGCUGGCAGGGGGCCCCAGGGAUAGAGACGGCAUUAAAGACACCAAAGAUACAAAGGAGCAACGAAUUACGAUACAUUUGGCCGGCGCCAGGCCUGCUUGUGAACGGUUUUGCGAUGGACUCAAGAGAGGCCUGAGAGCUGGCGUCGGCAACGUAGGCAAGCUCCGCAAGGUCAUUGCUGGAUGCUACUCCGAGCAUCUCCUCCGAUCCGAGGAGAACAAGAAUUCCAACCCACCCGAUGCCGGUCUUGGUAUGGUAUUUAGAUAUCCCGGUGAUCCCAAAAAGCUGCGAGACCGGGCCAAGAUGCGACUCUGGGCCGAAUACUUGCGAGAUAAUGGAAGAAAUGCUACCCUUAUGCGUCAGCCCACGUUUCACAAACUCAUUCGAGUCGGCUUGCCAAAUCGCUUACGAGGAGAGAUAUGGGAACUGACUUCAGGUUCGCUGUACUUGCGACUUGAGAAGCCCACUCUGUACGCCGAUACCUUGACCAAAUUCGAGGGGCAAGAGUCCCUCGCUAUCGACGAAAUCGAAAAGGAUCUGAAUCGCAGUCUGCCCGAAUAUCCCGGUUUCCAAAGCGAGGAGGGAAUUAGCAGGCUUCGCAGGGUUCUAACUGCAUACAGCUGGGUGAAUCCUGAUGUUGGAUACUGCCAGGCCAUGAAUAUCGUCGUGGCGGCGCUGCUCAUCUACAUGUCGGAGGCCCAGGCUUUUUUCCUGCUUUCAUCUCUUUGCGAUCGUCUUGUACCCGGCUAUUACUCCACGACCAUGUAUGGCACACUGCUGGACCAAAAGGUGUUUGAGUCAUUGGUGGAAAGGACCAUGCCGAUUCUAUGGGAACAUCUCGUCAAGAGCGAUGUUCAAUUAUCAGUCGUCUCGUUGCCCUGGUUCCUGUCGUUGUAUAUCAACUCGAUGCCCCUAAUAUUCGCUUUCCGCGUCUUGGAUGUUUUCUUUGUCGAGGGGCCAAAGGUUCUGUUCCAGGUCGGUCUGGCAAUUCUGCGCAUAAACGGGGAAGAGUUGCUUGAUGCCGCUGAUGACGGCGCGUUCAUCUCCGUCCUCAAGGCAUAUUUCUCUAGGUUGGAUGAGUCAGCUCACCCCAAGUCUGAGAAUCCCAAGCUUCGAGCAGUCACUCGGUUUCAGGAGCUCAUGGUUGUUGCUUUCAAGGAGUUUUCUGGCAUCACUCACAGCAGCAUAACAGAGUUGCGACUCAAGAAGAAGGAUGCGGUCCUGAACAACAUUGAAAAUUUCGCCAAAAGGACGGCAAUUCGAAACUUGGGCCCCGACAGCAAGCUUCUCAACCCUGAUGAGCUCGGUGCCUUGUAUGACAGAUUUUACAGCGUCUUGUACGAGCGACAACAACGAGAUGUCAUGAUUCAGGAGGAGCAGAAGCGGCGACUCAAGACAAGCAGAAUGCGGGCUUCUGAAAUUUUUUCCUCUGCGCCAAGCCAGGUGGAAAAGGGCCGCGUAGGGCUGGGGCCAAGCACGAAUCUUAUGGAUUACGACGCAUUCCGCGAAUUCCUUGCCAGCAUGUGUAAAUGGGCUUUGUCUGACUCCCCCGGAAAUUCAAGAAGGGACACCAUGACUGGCGAGGACAAAUUUGCCAAGUUCAAUAGUGCUCGGAAAUCUCCAGAUCUCGUGUCCCCUUGGGGCGCUGGCCCGGAACCCGCAGAGCACGAGUUCCUACGGCGACUGUACAGAAAGUGGGACGAAGAUGGAAACAAAAUCCUGACGCUGCAGAAUGUUGUCACCGGGCUGGCUGGUAUCAAAGGCAAGCAGGAUAUCAUGGGCACUAUUACAUAUUUCUUCGAACUCUACGACGACGAUGGUGAUGGCAAGGUCGAUCGCGAGGGAAUACUACGAAUUUCCGAGGCGUUGCUAUUCCUAUCACGACGCGGGCUUGAGGGAACACUCAGUCCUAAUGCCUCAAGUCUAGCACUCAACGGCGAAAGCGGCAGUGCACACGGGUCCCAGGCAAGCUUACCAACGAGUAUACCUGUGAAUGAACGGUUUCUCGGCAGCGUGAGCGCCUUUAUCCGCCGCUGCUUUGAAUACGCCGAUCCGGAUCACCCCAAGAACCAAAAUACAGGCAACCUGUCACAAGACACUGAGGCAUGCCAGAGCUCAUUUGCCAUAGGAGAUGACGAGGACGGAGAGGACCUUCUGGGGCUGGAGUCUCCAUCUGGGUCGCCAAAAGAAGCGAAGAAGACGAAUGAAUCGUUUCCCGAUGGAGAAACGCAAGCCGACGGCACAAUCGACGAAUCACGACGACGGGUAUCCAAGGCCAAGUCGGAGGCCGCCAACGCCGCGCUCAAUCCAGCGCAACCUCUGCAUAUGACGCUACCAACCUUUAGAAUGGUUGUGCUCGCUGACGAGCUCCUGGAGCAGUUUUUUGAAUCAUCGUUCCCGUUCUCAUUCCAUAUCAUUGAGGGUCUUCGAAACGCAGCAGCGACACCGCAAAGCUCGUCAUUGACAACCUUUGCCAGCCUUGGUUUUGGUUCCAAGGCACCUGUCCCCGUCCAGCCAGGACCACACGGAGCAGGUCGUGGUUUGCGAGGCGUCCUGGACAACAUUGUAACGGAUGGAAUGCGAGUGGCAACCGAGGUGCGCCGACGCAUGGAAGAGGCCCAGAGGGAACUCGAGAAGAAUGCGCUGCCUGGACAGCGCCCUGAGGAUGAAGAGGACGACGACGAUGAUAUUGGCAUCGCAGUUGGAGCUAGGAGAGGACCAGGCGGUCCCAGUGGGGAUAACAGAUCGGUCAAGAGCUCUGAUCGCGAUUUAUUAGACGGACUAGAUGCAGGGGCAGGCGCAUCGUCCAAAGAGCAGGGACAGGAUCUUAUAGAUGUCCACUCAGGAGAGGCCCGACCGACAGCGGAAACGGUUGCGGUACCGGGAACAGCAGUAGUUGAAUCCCCCCCCCUUCCUUUUUGUCUCAUGAGCGUCGCGUAA